AUGCCCUCACAGGAUCUGGACUCAGGUGUGGUUUCAGAAGAAGACUACCAGGCACAUAGUGGAAUUACAUGUUCAUGCGUUCUGUGCAGAGCCCGCUAUUACGUAUCUUUUGGACAAGGAACUGAGAAAGGAUUGACACAUAUGUUGGAGCAAUUAGACUAUUUUCAUAUUUUGAACGAUCAAAAACAGAUUUUUUCCUAUACUUUUCCCUUCGUGCCGCAACUGAAUACUUCCUAUCCGUAUGGAAAAAAGUGUUUUCAGGAAUUCCCCAAUCAAAACUUUGGAUGUUAUAAGAGGCAUGGUCUUUCAGAUAGAAGGAGUAGUGCCAUUGAGGAUAACAUGUUCAGGGGUCAGCAAUCACUUGAAAUAAAUAGAAUGGGGCUUGGAGAAACAACCUUUGAUAGCAAUUAUAGAAAUGAACAAAAUAUUGCCUCCCCAAAAAUGUGGAUUUCUAAGAAUUCCGUUCUGCAUAUUAAACUAUCUUCUUAUGUCUCAUUGGAACGCUCUGGAACAGCCUACCGGUUAAUUAAUUAUCGUAAUAAUUCAGCGUUGGCUUUAAGUCUAAAUGGCGAAUAUGGAUUUGCUUAUCACUACAAUUGCAGAGGGCUUGUUAAUCUUCAUCAUGAAAAAGUGUCAAUAAAUUUUGAUAAGGAUAGACAAGUAAUUCUCCGCAACGAGGAUACCAGCUUCGUUAAAAAGGAAAAGGAAUUUUAUAGGCUUAACUCACACCACUGGACAGCAUGUAGACCUGUUUCUAUGGAUUCGUUUGAUCGAGACAAAACCCCUGAUAUUUUAAGAAAAGCUUCUUCAGAAAGGGGAGUUGAGGAGGCUAGACUUAGGGAGCUCGUUGAAGCUUCAGCUAUUUAUCGCGAUGGGGGUGGGCUAAUUAGCGAUGCCAAAAUAGAACACAAGAUAAAUGGAGACGUUACAGUCACAUGGUUCUGUGAUGGAAGAGCCAACUCUUUACUUGUUUCACCUUUAACUGGGGGCUUCAGUCUUUCUGCAAAAAAUCUCGGAAUUACAAUUACUCCGAAAGCUGAGGUCUUCAUUGUAUUUGCUGAUUUCUUUGUUCACGUUGGGAGCAUUCAGAUGCUGGUCAGCAGUGGAGCCGUUCUGAGUAGGAUAAGAAAUCCAAAGAUUCAUCUUUGCUUGUUGCGGCUAACAAGCAGCUCAAAGGACGGCCAAAACAAUGAUGCUAAGCAUUUCUGUGCAUACAACAUGAAACCACUUGGGGACUAUCGGUUUCAGGGAAGCCAUUUUAGAACAAUAAACCCUAAUCAUUCUACCCCUCCAGUCCAGCUUUGCCCGACGCCAACGUCUGAAUCUUCAGGCUUGCCUGCCCUAAAUGAAUCUCCAAGUCUUUUAUCAAUUGAGUCUUUGCACAUACAAAAGGAGGAAAGUGAUGAAAAUGGCUUAGGCAUAAAUGAAAUGGCUGUCCAAAUCACCGAAGGAAUAUAA